AAUAUUCGGAUAAUUUUUUUAUAUCACAUCGAAACAACGAUGGGAAACUCUGCAUCUCGACAGAAAUUAAACGUGUGGGUAACCCUGGAGCGAGGCUCCUCCUUGGUGGACUCCAUCAAGCUCUCGUGCAAGGACUCCACCUGCUGCCUGAAGAGGAGGCGUACGGUCGCCUCCGUCAAGUUCCCCGUGGAAGGUUGGUCUUGCGUCGCAGGGAUUCAAGGCUGCCACGCCGAGGGUGAGCUGCGUGUGCCCUUGGCGAAGCUGUGCAAGAAAGACGGCAACGCGGCCGUCAGGGUGCAAUGCGCCUCGCUUGGGAAGCCAGUCUUCACCUCUUCCAUGCCGCUGGCCUGGCUGCAGGACAACAUCAGCGGCCUCCACUUCUCUCUCUUCAGAGACGACGGGCCCGCCUUCACCAGCCUCCGGUGCAACGGGAGGCGGUGUGGCGAGCCCAUCCGGGCGGUGAGCCCUGCACCGCGUGCGGCCACUGACGGGAUGGCCAGGACCAAUGAGGCUGAUGCAUGGGCAGCCUUUGAAGUGACGACCCAUGAUGACUGGUCCGUGGAGGUUGAUGAUUCAUGGGCAGCCCCAGACUUGGUGACCUCCGUUGCUAUGGUCGAGGCUGAUGAUUCAUGGGCAGCCUUUGAAGCAAUGACCCGUGGUGACUGGUCCGUGGAGGCUGAUGAUUCAUGGGCAGCCCCAGACUUGGUGACCUCUGCUGCUGUGGUCGAGGCUGAUGAUUCAUGGGCAGCCUUUGAAGCAAUGACCCGUGAUGACUGGUCCGUGGAGGCUGAUGAUCCAUGGGCACCCGCCGAAUUGGUGACCGCCAUCACCGAUGAGGCUGGUGUUCCAAUGGCACUCCUUGAAGUGACGACCCGUGAUGACUCGUCUGAUGAAGCUGAUGAUCCAUGGCCAGCCUUUGAAGCAAUGACCCGUGAUGACUCGUCUGAUGAGGGUGAUGUUCCAAUGGCACUCCUUGAAGUGACGACCCGUGAUGACUCGUCUGAUGAAGCUGAUGAUCCAUGGCCAGCCUUUGAAGCAAUGACCCGUAAUGACUCGUCUGAUGAGGGUGAUGUUCCAUUGGCACUCCUUGAAGUGACGACCCGUGAUGACUCGUCUGAUGAAGCUGAUGAUCCAUGGCCAGCCUUUGAAGCAAUGACCCGUAAUGACUCGUCUGAUGAGGGUGAUGUUCCAUUGGCACUCCUUGAAGUGACGACCCGUGAUGACUCGUCUGAUGAAGCUGAUGAUCCAUGGCCAGCCAUUGAAGAAAUGAACACCAGAAGGGGAGUCCUCCUGGGGAAUUCUAGGUCCUCCCAGUCGGGGACUUCUGGAGGCUUGGUGUAUUACGGGGUACACACCAUGCCCGGCAAUAGCACUUACAGGGUUAAGGACGGUCUCAAGCCCGACGCCAUCGCCAAGUUAGCAGACGACUUCAUAGCGACUCAACCUGGACCUCCGGCUUCGUCAGUGUCUUCCGUCGCUUCUCAGGACACCGAUAAACUUGAUCAACUCAUCAAACAAGUUUCCCUGCUCGUACGGCGGUCACCUCUUCAAAAGCAGCUCCAGGACCGCCACCGCUCUCGCUCCCCCACUCCUCACCGACGCCAACGCCGUUCCCGUUCGAGGAGCCCAGGACUCUGUUGGUACCACCGCAAGUUCGGCGACAAGGCUUCAAAGUGUACCACCCCGUGCACAUACAAGGCGUCAAACCUGCGCGACCAUUAG